AUCCUAAAAAUCUUCGAUACAAAUUUGUUGCUUCGAUGUUUCCUUUUAAUGCUGCAGCUUAGGUGUCUCCGUGUAAGUGGAGCAUUUCAUUCACAUUAGGGACCCUUUAACAGGAGUGGAUAUUCGCUGACAGGUUUUUCCCCGCCCCCACUGCGCUGUGCUGUGAGUGUGCACAUGUGCGUUGUACUUGCUGUGCAGAGAAUGUUAGUUUUUUCUUUUCUUUUCAGCAGCUGUUUUAAGUGCUGUCUGCACUUGCACAGCCAUUACUGAGAUGGUGAGCUCAGGUGGCCUGAAAGGAAACGUUUUUCUAGUCCAAAGCAGCAGGGCUUGUUCCUGUAAACACAGUUACAGACUUACAGAGACACAGCUGGAGGUCCUUCAUCAACCACCUGAUCGUGAAAAAAAUAAAUUAAAAAAAUAAAGCUUUGUAGCUGCUCCCCCCACCACUGUUUGUUUCACACAGAGAAAAAUGAGCAGUAUGGAAGUUAAAAUAUGCAGAUGAACUGUUAAUAUGAAAAAUAAUUUCUUAUCCGAUUACUUGAUUAAUGGAUGAAGUAAUCAAUAAAAUACUCGAUUACAAAAAUAAUCCAUAGUUGCAGCGCUACUUGUGUUCAGAAAGCUAUAGUCAAACAUUAGUUUUCAGCACCAGUGCUUCUUUAAAAUAUCUGUAAUGUGUUGUCAAAGCUUGGAGUGUGUCCAUUUUUGUUCUGGAGAAAUGGUGGUGCAGGUGGAGCAUCAGGCAGUCCAGAAAUGGGUUUGGGUUCCAGUGACAGAUGACUGCUAUGAUUACUUGAAGUUCAUUCAAGAGGGUAAGUUCAGUGCUCAUUAUGUUGAUAUGGCAGCUGCCAUUAAAUAAAGCAAGCUUAGUUUUUCUAACUCAAAUGUCUUUCCCCAUCAUAAAGAUAGUUUUUGGCCUUUAGGAAUCUGCAUUUUAAUCAGCACCAGUGCCGUGCCUUUGCCAAGAGUCUGUUACAUAAACUCUGGGAAGUCAUGUAAUGGAGUCGAAAAAUGAACAACUCUUAACCAAUUUCAAAAUGUGUUGGUGGGUUCUGCUAAGUGUAAUUGCAUGUUGGACCUAAAGGAUAAAAGAUGGUCACUGCAUAAAUAAUUAUUGGUUUAAUUACGUUUGGAGGAUGGCAUGUCAAAACUUGGACAGGGAUACUUUAUGUUGCUCAAAAAAGAAGAUGUGGAUUUGUCUAACAAUUCUUAGUAGAAAGAUUUAGGCCCAUCUAUGUGUUCCUCAUGUCCAGCCUAUUUAUUAAUUCCCCUCUCUUUAUUGAAGUAAUGAGCUUUGUUGGAGUAAUAAUUCAUUCAUUGUUGUUCAUAAAAAUGGUUAUGUAAAAUUUUGGUGAACUGUGUGCCAACACUAGAGGCAACACUUCAUGAUAAAAUUUACUAUUUUAACCAGCAGCUCAUUGUCUGAAAAUGUUAUUUGAAAUAUAUUUUAAUUAUAAAUGUGAUUGUCCCUUUACAGUUCUAACCAUGUGUUAAAUUAGCAGGUUAAGAUGAGUAUUUUUGUUCCCUUCCAGUUCAUGCUAAAUUCAACUUGGCAAGUGGAGUCUCUGUAGACCUGAAGGACUCAUCUGGAGUCGAUGUGGAUGCUGAUAUUUUUGAUGAACUCCUGAGGUCUGCUACAGUAUCUUUCAAAGUAGUUACUGAGCGCUUUGUGGCACCUGUUGAUGAGAGUGAGGUCACAGAUGCUUCUUCAGUUCUGAAGAUGGCUCAUUCUCGUCAGUCAAGUCUCCAAGCUCAGCAAGCUCAUCUUCUACAGUGAUUACAAGGAACACCAAAGCACAGAGAAGACGACUGGUUGAAGGACCACCUGACAGUGAGAUGGCAAAAAAUAUUGUCUAUGUAGCUCUGCACCAAAAACCAGGGGGAGAAGAUGUAAUGAAAGAGUACAACAAAACCAGAAGUCUUUCUGAACCAACAAGAAAGAAACUUGUCAACAUUUUAGUGGCGGAUAUGAUUGAAAGUCAUGGGAGAGUCCCUCCUGUCAACGUUCGCAUUACCUACGCCCUGGGAAUUGUCACCCUCUUCCCCAGUUUGAAAGAUAAUGGCUCACCGACUGGCUAUGAGCAUUACUAUGAUCCUCUCAGUGGACAGGGCUAUCUGGCCUAUCGAUUGAAAACAGUUCAGCGUAACACUGCAAGUGACUUCAAGAGGAGCUCCAAGUCUGCUCAUCAAGGCGGCCCGAGAACUCUGAGGGAGACCUUAACAUCUGAACAGCUGUUUGGUGAUGGAUGCAAAGAAGCAAUGUCCAUGAUGAAACAUUCAUCAGACCAGGAAGUUGUCAAGGAGAAAAUGAAGGCAACAUUUAAGCAUAGACAGAAUAUGCUUCAUGAUCUGGACCAGUCAUCACACAUCUUGGAUCACUUCCCAAGAUUCUUGGAUACACCAGGCUUAAUUGAGCAGGACUUCAUCGUGAUCUUUAGAGAAGACAUCUUGGGGAAGUUCAUCGCAAGAUGGCCAACAUUCUAUAAAACGAGGGUCACCACUGUCAGCAAAAGCCUUCGACAGAGUGCUCAUCUGGAUGACCUUCUGUCCACUCAGGAGGAAUCAAGUGAUUAUGAAUGGGAUAGUGACAUGGCAGCUAUUCUCCUGCUGGUUCAUCUCUUGCCUCCAACCGCGAAGGGGAAAAGACAGGGAAAAAUUAGUGCACCUCAGGCUGCUGACCGUAUUAUCAAGUUCAUGAAGGUGGGGACAAGCAUGGCGACCUUCCUUUCCAAAGUUGGAUCUGUACAGCCCUUCCUCCUCUACGUUGGAGAAAAGAAGAGCAGGAUACAGAAAUUCUACAUCAUCCUGGAUCAGAGGCCCAUUCCCUGUGUGGCACAGACUGCAGUGGCUGCCUUCGAUGAACUGUUUAAGGCACACUUUGUGUUUGCUGUGUCCUAUGAUGCAACCCUCCUCAACUUCUACACAUUCAUCCAAACAACAGUUUAUGGCAUUGAUGUUGCAACAACAAAAGAGAGCCCCAGAGUCAAGGAAAUUAGAGUGAGGAUUAACAACACUUGAAUAUGCUAACAUGUUACAUUUGUAAGAUUCAGCACAGAAAUUGUUCAACUCUUUUCCAGCAUUUGAAAUUUAGUCAUGCUUUGUAUCCAGGGCACAAAUUGCAUUUGAAAUGUGGGGAACAUGGCUGUUCAUCUGUUUUUUACACAUAUUCUGGGUUCAAGAAGCACUUGCUGAAAGCACACGGAAACACAUUUGCCACAGAUUCUGUUUAUAAGGACAAUGUUGGUACAGAUAGUGUUGAGACAGAUGAUGUUUCUGCUCAUGACCCAUUGAGUAGCUCUUCUGUUGGUCAACAAAGUCAUGCUAAAAAGAGGCAGUUAAUGGAUAUGUGUAGCUCUGUUAUUGCCCAAGUUCAAGCAGCUGGAGUUUCUGAAAAUAUUGUGCAGUCUUUAACUUGUUCAAUGGAGGAGGUUGUUAAUGAUGUCCAUAUUUAA